UCUGUCUUUCUUCUACCGCCUAUGUAUUCUGCCCUGGGUCAUCGAAAUCUCGCGAGAGUUCAGCGUUGGCUAUAUAAACACACGCGCCACCGCGGAUCCUCGGGUUUUUGUACCGUCCCACUGAGAAGGAGCCGAAGUCCAAACCGAAGAUGUCAGCCGGCAAAGCACAAAUUGGCAAACCUGCCCCUGACUUCACGGCCAAGGCGGUGAUGCCCGACGGCCAGUUUAAGGAUCUGAAAUUGUCUGAUUAUCGAGGGAAGUAUGUAGUUUUCUUCUUCUACCCUCUGGACUUCACCUUUGUGUGUCCCACCGAGAUCAUCGCCUUCAGCGACGCUGCAGAUGAAUUCAAGAAGAUCAACUGCGAGGUGAUCGGCGCGUCUGUGGACUCGCAUUUCUGCCAUCUGGCCUGGAUAAACACCCCUAGGAAGCAAGGUGGCCUUGGACAUAUGAAGGUCCCUCUGGUGGCCGACACCAAACGAACUAUCUCUCAAGAUUAUGGUGUACUGAAGGAGGACGAAGGCAUUGCUUACAGAGGCCUCUUCAUCAUCGACGAUAAAGGCAUCCUGAGGCAGAUAACCAUCAACGACCUGCCGGUCGGUCGCUCCAUCGACGAGACGCUGCGUCUGGUGCAGGCCUUUCAGUUCACCGACAAACACGGAGAAGUCUGCCCAGCCGGAUGGAAGCCCGGAAAGGACACGAUCAAGCCCGACGUCCAGAAGAGCAAAGAUUUCUUCUCCAAACAAAACUAAACCCAUAAGACUCUGCAGUGUAGUCCGACAUUCCCCACACUACCGGCACCUCAGUAACAAUUAUGACUCUGUUAAGCUGAAAAUAAACGUGUAGGAUUGUAA